GUGCGAUUGUUUGUCUCAAAUUAACAACAUUCACGGCGCCUCGUUCACGCGGAUCGGUAGGAAGACAAAAACACCUAAAGCCGCUGUCGACCCCUGGGCCGUUACCCGGAGCCCGACGUGCGCCUCGUCACUUUUAACGAGUUCACGACAGUGUCCUCUCCACCGGCAACAGGCAGCAGUGGCACCCUGCGCUAGCUAACCCUAGCAGCUAACGGUAGAGCCGUUGUCUCUGGCAGUUGAAUCCCCCCCUCUUCCCCUCCCGGCAUGGCUGCAGACUCGAUGGAGAUUGACGACUCUCUUUACAGCCGCCAGCGAUAUGUGCUGGGAGACAGCGCCAUGCACCAGAUGGCCCAGUCCUCGGUCUUUCUCAGUGGAAUGGGAGGACUGGGAAUCGAGAUAGCAAAGAACAUCGUCCUGGCCGGCGUGAAGGCCGUCAGCCUUCACGACACGAAGCAGUGCGAAACCUGGGAUCUGGGCUCCAACUUCUUCAUCCACAAAGAGGACGUGUUGGGCCAGAAGAGCAGGGUGGAGGCGGUGUGCCCCCGGGUCGCAGAGCUGAACCCGUACGUCCACGUCGACGUGUCCUCCUUGGCUCUGGACGACAACACCGACCUCGGCUUCCUCGGAAAGUACCAGUGUGUAAUUCUGACUGAAGCCCGAUUGAGCCUCCAGAAGAGAGUGAACGACUUCUGCCACUCCCAUCAACCCCCCAUCAGAUUCAUCAGCUGUGAUGCGUACGGCAUCUGCGUGCGGGUGUUUUGUGAUUUCGGAGAGGAGUUUGAGGUGUCAGAUCCCACCGGAGAGGAGCCCAAAGAGAUUUUCAUCCAAAGUAUCACUCAGGACAGUCCUGGGGUGGUAACCUGCAUGGACAACCAGCCCCACGGCCUUCAGACAGGCCAGAGUGUUGUCUUCAGAGAGGUCAACGGCAUGGUGGAAGUCAAUGGCACCGUCCGGCCCGUUUCAGUCCUUUCCCCUUACAGUUUUGCAAUCGGAGACACAUCCCAACUACAACCAUACGCACAUGGAGGCUUCUUUGUUCUGUUGAAAACGCCCAAGACGUACAGAUUUGAGACAUUAGAGAAACAGUUGUGUGAUCCUCAUGUCCUGACACCAGACUUCAGUAAACCAGAGGCCCCACUACAGAUCCAUGCAGCCAUGAUGGCUCUGGACACCUUCCAGGAGCAGCUCAGCAGACUCCCCAACGCCGGGUGCUCACAGGAUGCUGAGGUUUUACUGAAGCUAACGGAGGAAGUGAAUGGAACUCUCAUGAACAAAGCUCCCGUGAACGCCGAGUUGGUGCGCUGUCUGUCGAGAACAGCGAGGGGAACUCUCCCUCCGUUAGCUGCGGCUGUGGGAGGUCUCGCCAGCCAGGAAGUCCUUAAGGCCAUCACGGGGAAGUUUGCGCCGCUGCAGCAAUGGUUUUACCUCGACGCCAUUGAGGUGGUCCGGCCUCUUCAGUCCGUCGCCGCCGAGGAGUUUUUCCCGAGGGGCGAUCGCUACGAUGGGUUACGAGCCUGCAUCGGUGAAUCCAUGUGCCUGGAACUGCACAAGCUCAGGGUGUUCAUGGUGGGCUGUGGGGCCAUCGGCUGUGAAAUGCUGAAAAACUUUGCCCUGCUUGGGGUGGGCUUGGCCAGCAGCUCAGGAGAGGUGUGCAUCACGGACCCCGACCUCAUAGAAAAGUCCAACCUCAAUCGGCAGUUUCUCUUCAGACCACAUCAUAUACAGAAACCAAAGAGCACCACAGCGGCAGAGGCCACUCUGGAAAUCAACCCAGACCUGCAGGUGGACGCUCACCUCAACAAGGUGUGUCCUGCUACCGAGAGCGUCUACAAUGACGCCUUCUACUGCCGCCUGAACCUGGUGGUCACCGCGCUGGACAACGUGGAGGCCCGCAGAUACGUGGACAGCCGCUGUUUAUCCAAUCAGAGAGCUCUCCUGGACUCCGGCACCAUGGGAACUAAAGGACACACAGAAAUCAUCGUGCCAAAUUUGACAGAGUCCUACAAUAGCCAUAGGGACCCCCCAGAGGAGGAGAUCCCAUUCUGCACUCUCAAGUCCUUCCCUUCUGUCAUAGAGCACACCAUUCAGUGGGCCAGAGACAAGUUUGAGAAUCUGUUUGCACACAAGCCCUCCAUGUUCAACUCGUUCUGGCAGACGCACCCCUCUGCCGAAGUGGUGCUACAGAGGAUGCAGAGGGGGGAAAGUCUGGAGGGGUCAUUCCAGGUCAUUAAGCUGCUCAGCAAACGGCCCAGCCGGUGGGACCAGUGCGUCACUUUCGCCCGUCUGAAAUUUGAAAAGUACUUCAAGAGAAAGGCCCUACAACUGUUACACUCUUUCCCCCUAGACACAAGGUUAAAAGAUGGAAGUUUGUUUUGGCAGUCCCCAAAAAGACCUCCAGCGCCGGUUGAUUUUGACUUGAAAGACUCUUUGCACUUCGGUUUCAUCGUCAGCACUGCCCGGCUCUUUGCGGGGGUUUACAACAUCCCUUACUCACAAAAGGAUGUCACUGAAGAGGAGGUGACCAGGCUUCUCUCAAUUGUCAAGAUUCCAGAGUACAGGCCCUCAGAGAAAAGUAUAGAGACCGACGAAACGGUAAGGAAGCCCGAUUCAAUGAAGUUGCCUCUGAGCAGCGAGGAAGAGAGGGAGGCCAUCGCACAGCUGGAGCAGGCCAUUGCUACCGACAACGUCACCGCAGAGAGCUUACAGGUGAGCCCGCUGCAGUUUGAGAAGGAUGACGACGGCAACGGCCACAUGGACUUUGUGACGGCAGCGUCCGCCCUCAGAGCCAGGAUGUACGCCAUCGAGCCGGCCGACCGACUCAAGACCAAGCGGAUCGCCGGCAAAAUCAUCCCCGCCAUCGCCACGGCGACGGCCGCCGUGGCCGGACUGGUGGCCCUGGAGUUGGUCAAGGUUGUCGGAGGCUAUGAGUUUGAGUCCUUCAAAAACUGCUUCUUUAACUUGGCCAUCCCUGUAGUGGUGCUCACCGAGCCUGCCCAAGUUAAGCAGUCACUCAUCAGGGACAACAUUUACUUCUCCAUCUGGGACUGUUGGACUAUCUUUGGCCGUGAGGACUUCACCCUCUCUGACUUCAUCAACGCAGUGAGGGAAAAAUAUGGAAUCGAACCCACGAUGGUCGUCCAUGGCGUGAAGAUGCUCUAUGUGCCGGUGAUGCCUGGACACUCGAAGAGACUCAAGCUGACGAUGCAGAAGUUGAUCAAGCCAUCCGUGGACCGCCGCUACGUCGACCUCACCGUGUCAUUUGCCCCAGAGGCCGACGGAGACGACGACCUGCCCGGCCCUCCCGUCAGGUACUUCUUCAGCCGCAACGGAGAGACACCGUGACGCCCGGCCCGGGUCCUCGAGCCUCCUGUGUCCUUACUCCUCCCUCCUUUGGUGUAAAUUGUUGUCCCCCAAUAACCUGGGCUAGAUCUAAGCCUGGAGCUUUCCUUCAGGUUCUUCUCAAAGCUCCUGGGCCCCACCACCAGCCCCCCUCCACCACCCUUUCUCUGUAUGUAAUGGAACAAGAAAAGACCAGACCUGGUCCCAGUUCUUCUUGCCCCACAUCUAGCCAGCACGAGGCUGCUUGAGUAGCACUUAACUGUACCUUUUGUACAUACAUUUCCUGUUCUGUUUUCUACUCUGGUAAAAAAAAAAAAAAAAUGCACAGCUCCGGCCUGUGUCGAUGCCUUAAUUAUUAUUAACAAAUUCUUUUUUUUUUCUUCUUUUUUUUUUUUGUCGCAGUGAGUCUAACUAACAACUGUGUUUACAGAAACCUGCAAUCUCCCAAACACACCCACCCCGUUCAGUCUUGUUUGUGUUGUAAGUCUGCUGGGCCCCACAAAAAUAAGGGGGCGGGGGGGGUGAAGUGUAGCGGUUAAGCUUCAUUUGCUUCUUCCGCUUAUUGGAUUUGCCCAAACCGCCCAAACAUUACGGAACAGAUGUGCACUUCACGAGUAAAAGCGUGUUAAACACUUUGGUAGUGACACUGGUGCACACAUUUGGGUGAACCACAUGUUCCUCCAUUAGAUUAAGUUAUGGCAUGACUUCAAUUGUUGCACAGGCUUUCUAGUGUUUUUUUUAAUUUUUUGGGGGGACAAAACAUCUGUACCACCAUCUGGGAUCACACUCCUGUUUUGUUUUCUUUCUGUGCCGUUGUUGCAUUUGAUUAUGACACGUAUUUAUUUACUCGUUCCUCAUUUCUGUCACUUUUUGUUGUGUCAAACUGAGCCUGUGUUGUUGAGCUCUGUGGUGCACUGGUUUGUUGUUAAACGACAAACAAGUCCAAACUAAAAGAGUUUAAAAGAAAGUAAAUCAUCCUUCCGUUUGGUUCCAGUUGAAGGGUGUGAAAAGGGGACUUAGAAAUAGUCUGCAUCGGCUUAUAUUGGCACUAAAGUCAAUGUAAUCUUGAGUGGAAUCAUAAGAAUAAACUUUAAUUCUGAAUAAAAUCGAGACUAAAGCCACGCGGAAUGUUUUCGAGCGUUUAUUCCCCCCCUCCCCCCCCCCCGUAACCAGAGGUGAUGAAUUGGGCUUUUUCACAGAGCGUGAAUGUCAUGUGUGACAACGAUGUAUGUUCCUGUGACAACUCAACCAACGGUCCAAUAAAAUGUGAGAUUUUCAGGAUGUCCUCGAGA